CCGAGGUCGAGCGAUGUUUCUAUCAGGGAUUUAUCAGAAACGACAGCUUCUCCUCUGUCGCUGUGUCUACGUGUGCUGGCUUGUCAGGUCUAAUAAGGACACACAAAAAUGAAUUCCUCAUCUCGCCGUUACCUCAGUUGCUGGCCCAGGAACACAACUACAGCUCUCCUGCAGGCCACCACCCUCACGUACUGUACAAAAGGACAGCAGAGGAGAAGGUCCAGCGGUACCAUGGCUACCCCGGUGCCAGCCCGAACUCUCCUGGUCACUCCCCACCUCACCCUCCCCAUGCAUCUCAGAGUCAAGAAACAGCCUAUCAUCGAAGGUUGCAAAAGCAGCAUUUUUGUGGACGACGCAAGAAAUGUAUAUGCCCCCAAACCUCCCACAGAUGAUACGUACCUAAGGUUUGAUGAAUAUGGGAGUUCAGGACGACCCAGAAGAUCUGCUGGAAAGUCACAAAAGGGCCUAAAUGUGGAGACCCUCGUGGUAGCAGACAAGAAAAUGGUGGAAAAACAUGGCAAGGGAAAUGUUACCACAUACAUCCUCACAGUCAUGAACAUGGUUUCCAGUCUGUUUAAAGAUGGAACCAUUGGAAGUGAAAUAAACAUUGUUGUGGUGAGCCUCAUUCUUCUGGAACAAGAACCUGGAGGAUUAUUGAUCAACCAUCAUGCAGACCAGUCUCUGAAUAGUUUUUGUCAGUGGCAGUCUGCCCUCAUAGGAAAGAACGGCAAGAGGCACGACCACGCCAUCUUACUCACGGGAUUCGAUAUCUGUUCCUGGAAGAAUGAACCAUGUGACACCCUAGGGUUUGCCCCCAUCAGUGGGAUGUGCAGUAAGUACCGAAGUUGUACCAUCAACGAGGACACGGGACUCGGCCUUGCAUUUACCAUUGCCCAUGAGUCAGGACACAAUUUUGGCAUGAUUCAUGAUGGAGAAGGCAAUCCCUGCAGAAAGGCUGAAGGUAAUAUCAUGUCCCCCACCCUGACUGGAAACAAUGGGGUGUUUUCAUGGUCUUCAUGCAGCCGACAAUAUCUCAAGAAGUUCCUUAGUACACCUCAGGCUGGAUGUCUAGUGGAUGAGCCCAAGCAAACAGGACAGUAUAAAUAUCCAGACAAACUACCAGGACAGAUUUACGAUGCAGACACUCAGUGCAAGUGGCAAUUUGGAGUGAAAGCCAAGUUAUGCAGUCUUGGUUUUGUGAAGGACAUCUGCAAGUCACUCUGGUGCCACCGAGUGGGUCACAGGUGUGAGACCAAGUUUAUGCCUGCAGCAGAAGGGACCGUUUGUGGCUCGAGUAUGUGGUGUCGGCAGGGCCAGUGCGUAAAGUUUGGAGAGCUGGGACCCCGGCCCAUCCAUGGCCAGUGGUCUGCCUGGUCGAAGUGGUCAGAAUGUUCCCGGACCUGUGGAGGAGGGGUCAAGUAUCAGGAGAGACACUGCAACAACCCCAAGCCUCAAUAUGGUGGCAAGUUCUGCCCAGGUUCCAGUCGUGUUUAUCAGCUCUGCAACAUUAACCCUUGUAAUGAAAACAGCUUGGAUUUUCGAGCCCAGCAGUGUGCAGAAUAUAACAGCAAACCUUUCCGUGGAUGGUUCUACCAGUGGAAACCCUAUACCAAAGUGGAAGAGGAAGAUCGAUGUAAACUGUACUGCAAGGCUGAGAACUUUGAGUUUUUCUUUGCAAUGUCCGGCAAAGUGAAAGACGGAACUCCUUGCUCCUCGAACAAAAAGGACGUUUGCAUCGACGGCCUUUGUGAACCAGUGGGAUGUGAUCAUGAACUUGGCUCUAAAGCAGUUUUCGAUGCUUGUGGUGUUUGCAAAGGUGACAAUUCAACUUGCAAGUUUUAUAAAGGCCUAUACCUCAACCAGCACAAAGCAAAUGAGUAUUAUCCGGUGGUGAUUGUUCCAGCUGGGGCCCGGAGCAUUGAGAUUCAGGAACUGCAAGUAUCCUCCAGUUACCUCGCUGUUCGAAGCCUCCGUCAAAAGUAUUACCUCACUGGAGGCUGGAGCGUCGACUGGCCUGGGGAGUUCCCCUUCGCUGGGACCACGUUCGAAUACCAGCGCUCCUUUAACCGCCCAGAACGUCUGUAUGCACCAGGGCCCACAAAUGAGACACUGGUCUUUGAAAUUCUAAUGCAAGGCAAAAAUCCGGGGAUAGCUUGGAAGUACGCACUUCCCAAGGCCAUGAAUGGAACUCAGCCGCCCACAAAGAGACAACCCUACGCCUGGAGUACAGUGCAGUCAGAGUGCUCCGUCUCCUGCGGUGGAGGUUAUAUAAACAUUAAGGCCAUUUGCUUACGAGAUCAAAAUACUCAAGUCAAUUCUUCACUCUGCAAUGCAAGAACCAAGCCCACAAACGAACCCAAAAUAUGCAAUGCUUUUUCCUGCCCGGCCUAUUGGAUGCCAGGGGAAUGGAGCGCGUGCAGCAAGUCCUGUGCAGGCGGCCAGCAGAGCCGGAAGGUCCAGUGUGUGCAGAAGAAACCUUUCCAGAAGGAGGAAGCGGUGCUGCAUUCUCUCUGUCCCGUGAGCACGCCCACGCAAGUUCAAGCCUGCAAUAGCCAUGCCUGCCCCCCAGAGUGGAGCCUUGGGCCCUGGUCUCAGUGUUCCAAGACCUGUGGGCGAGGAGUGAGGAAGCGCGAACUCCUGUGCAAAAGCUCAGCUUCUGCCACAGAGACCCUCCCUGAGAGCCUGUGCACCAGCAUCCCCAGGCCUGUAGCACAGGAGGGCUGCGUGCUGGGACGGUGCCCCAAGAACAACCGGCUCCAAUGGGUCCCUUCUGCGUGGAGUGAGUGUUCUGUGACUUGUGGUUUGGGUGUGAGGAAGAGAGAAAUGAAAUGCAGCGAAAAAGCCUUCCAGGGAAAGCUGAUAACCUUCCCAGAGCGAAGGUGCCGUAAUAUUAAGAAACCCAGCCUGGACUUGGAAGAAACCUGCAACCAGAGGGCCUGUCCAGUGUACAGUAUGGCUGCUGGAUGGUAUCCAUCACCAUGGCAACAGUGCACAGUAACCUGUGGGGGAGGGGUGCAGACCCGGUCCGUCCACUGUGUCCAGCAAGGCCGGCCUUCCUCAAGUUGUCUGCUCCGCCAAAAGCCUCCAGUACUACGAGCCUGUAAUACAAACUUCUGUCCAGCUCCUGCGAAAAAAGAGGAUCCAUCCUGUGUAGAUUUCUUCAGCUGGUGUCCCCUAGUUCCGCAGCAUGGCGUCUGUAACCACAAGUUCUAUGGUAAACAGUGCUGCAAGUCCUGCACGAGGAAGAGCUGACUUGAUGUCCUUCCCUACCCCUGAGGACCUGUCAGCCUCUGGAGAGACCAGCCACCUUUCCCAUCAGAAGCUAAGCACUGCGAACCACUG